CCUUGGCUUAUCUUAUCUACGCAUUUAAAACCUGGAGCAGAUGCAGCAAAAACAAAAGGACAUUAUUUUCAAGACAACGCUCUACGCAUGGGCUGUGAGCAUAUCACUUCAAGCUCCUUUGUUUGAUUGUUCUCUAUUUGCAAUAUCAAAGUCUGCUCAUCGAGCUAUAAGUUUACAAUCAGGCUCAAAAUUGUGACAAAAGAGAAAAACAACAAUGCAAAAGAAUUCAACAUUCUUUAUAAGAAUUCAAAUAUUUGAUUUAUAACACAAUAAAAUAGCACUCUUAUAAUCAGUUUAAGCUAUUCCAGUGACUGCGGAAGUGGACGGCCUGAUGGCAUGUAGCCCCAAAAUAAAUCCUUAUAUAAAAUGUAAAAAUCCGUUUCAAAAUCUGUAUGGCAUGGGAAUAAUCUUGAAAUGCAAGAUCGACUGAAAUAAAAAAUUGAUUGUAUUUAGCUCCUUUUUGUGGAACUACAAAGUGUUUGUCACAUCACCUGUUUACUAGCUUCUACAACAACAUUAAGGCCAUUCACUGGGUGUAACCAAAUAUCAAACGUCCAAAUGGAUUCUCAAACACAUUCGAAAAUGCCAUAAAGAAUAUUCAUGGCACAGUAAUGCGUUGCACAGCAAAAACUGUUGAAUUUUAAUUCAUCACUUUGGAAAAUACAUAUUUACAUAUUUGACUUGUUGUGGAAUUUUAGACUAGCAACAAGCAAGCAGGAUUCAGCGAAAAUAAGCUGGAACAGGAAACAUGCGUUUUCAUUCCUGAAAUUCACAAAUGAGCUAGUUACGAGCAUCACUGUUCUAUAGGAUUGAAAGUUUUGAAUUCUUAAUCCUUUUUUGAAAUUACUUUUUUAUGGCGAAAGUUACUCUUCUACGACGUAUUAAUUAUCACUAGAGCCAUGAAUAUUUAUAAAAUACUGCUAAUUGACGUUAUUUUAACGCAUUUGCCCCCUGAUUUUGUUUAGUGCUUGGAUUGGUCAGCUGCCGAAGUACUGGUGUUCUAUGAUUUAAAUUGAGCGCUGAAGUUUUCCUAUGACAAUAAUUCAGAUCAAACAAUAACACACUCGUGUUUGCUGUAAGACGCGGACGUCGUUCGGUACCUGCUCUUUUCGCUUUCGUGUGAAAUCUUCUUGUUCGCCACUUCACCAAGAGUGUCUGCAGUCUUAAAACCUGCACAUCAAACUGCUUUCUUGCCGGAUCACGCCAAAUGCUUGGUGAAUCGAUGAGCGGAUUUAACAAGUGAUGUUACAACAACGUUGGUUAAUGUUAAUGCAGAUUUUAAAGGAUUAAUUCUUAGUGCUUGGGUUUAACUUCAGGAUAAUUGCAGCUGCAUUGGGGAUGAUCAAACCUGUUUGCGUUAAUUUUCAAGUAAGUUAAUCACCAGAAACAUUCCUGGUUCAAUAGCCAGAUCACUCUACCGCAUAAAUACUCCAUAUAUGUUGAACUUUGUUUACACUGUUGCUACAAAGAAACUUAGGGUAAAUACCACGAUUGAAGCUUGUCGAACAUCUUUAAGGAGCUGCGGCACUUUGCGCGUGGCUGGAAUUUCAUGCUCUUGUCAAACAUCGCCAUGCAGUCGUCAAGGAAAACAAGCAACCAAGAGCCUGGCCUUCCUGCCGUCGUCGAACUCAACGUAGGCGGCCAGCUAUAUACGACGUCCUUGACGACGCUGUUGCGCGACCCGGAGUCGCUCUUGGCUGCUCUUUUUAGUGGACGCCAGCGGAUUCUACGCGAUUCACGAGGGCGGUUUUUCAUCGACCGAGAUGGCGUUCUCUUUCGCUAUGUGCUGGAUUAUCUUCGCAAUAGCCGUUUGACGUUACCCGAAAAUUUCGAAGAGAAGGAUCGAUUGCUGGCAGAAGCGGAAUACUUCCAGCUUGCAGGUCUUAUCCGCGCUUUGAAACAACUAAUUGGAAGCACGAAAAAAACAAAAGAUGGCAAGAGACCCACUACAGGCUACCUUUCACUGUGCGUGCGCGGAAGCUACGCGUUUGGCAGAGACGGUGUCGCGGAUGUUAAAUUCAGGAAACUGCAGCGGAUCCUCGUUUGCGGCAACGUUGCAUUAGCGAGAGAGGUUUUUGCGGAGUCGCUCAAUGAAACGCGCGACCCAGAUCGUGAUGAAGCUCGAUACACUAACAGAUUUUUCUUGAAGCACAGUCACCUGGAAAAAGCUUUUGACCAUUUGUAUGAAAAUGGAUUCAGGCUGAUUUCUAGCUGUGCCGGUGGUGCAGGGUACGAUCCAGAAAGCGAAGAGACAAAGUGGAACCAUUUCAACGACUAUAUUUUUCACAGAAACUGACAUGCUCUUAAUGGUAGCCAGCACAAGACUGUAUCCAAAACCAGAUAUUUCGCGCCUUUCGGUCCGGUUGAAGCAGUCAAAUAAUUAAUAAUAUUGAUGUAGUUAUGACCAAGAAAAAGAUGCCCUCAAUUCACUUUUAUCCAGCAGUCUUUUCAUUUUGUAGUAAUAUGUCAGUUAAAAAUCUCAAUAUUCCAGAUAAAUCUUCUAUAUUUCCCCAAGUGCAAAGUCAUUAAAUAUCUUGGCAAGUACAAAAUUAAACACAAAUCUAGACUCUGGGGUCUAGAGUCUUUAAACGAAUCUAUGGUUGAUAGUUUGUUGUUUGUUAAUGUUAAUUCAUGUUAACUUAUUAGCUAUUAGUUAGUUUAUGUUAAUAGUUAUGUUAAUUUAUUAGCGAUCGUGAAAAUCCAAUAAGGCAAUCAAGUCUUACAGUACAGUUCUGUAUGGACUACGGUCAGUGUGAUAUGUAACAGGAAAAGGGCUUUUACUUUUGUGGUGAUAACAAGCUAAAUCAUUGCAUGGUGAUAUUUAAGGAUAACAAGAGCCAGCGGAAAUUCAUUUUUCAGGUGGAGGGGGGAGCGAAACCCACAAAAACAAGCAAAUUUGCCGACAAAUGCCAAAUUUACCGACAAUAGAGCUAAAGCUGUUUUUUAACCGGCAAUUUGGCAAAAGCUGGAGGCGCUCGCACCCUCCCCCAACACCCCCACAAUUUCCACCACUGGAAAGAGCCGAAAGACAUCUACAACUUUAUAAAUUCUGACUCAAAGUCAUUGUAGUUUGUAGUUUAUGCAUUUCAAAAUACUAUUCCGCAUUGAAAUAUAUUCCAGUCUCUCUUUCUUACCGCCUUCUACUUCUUGUUACUGCAGACUUAUUGGUGCGCAUUCAUCAGCAAAAGUACAGAUAGAUUUUCAUCACAAUGUUUGUUUUUUUAUUAAUUUAGAUUUUUUUUCAAACUUAUCAUCUGUUACAGUGUGGCACUGUUACAAUGCCUGAACUUGGUAAGACAAAGGGGCAUUGGGUUCACAAGACCAAACAAUGAAUGGAGGUCUUUCAUGGCGAUUCUUUGUAAGAGAUUUCGUUAUAAUUUCCAUAAAACAAAUAUUUGCCAAAAAGAAUUUGAAGGAAAUAAGUGUUUCUUGAAGUUUGUCAAAAACGGUAUACAUAUAAAAAACUAUCGAGAGAUGGCUGGUUUCCAAAAUACAUGGAACAUACGGAUAAAUACUUUGAUAAAGAAUGUAACUCUACACUCAUUUUUUAUAAGAAACAAAGGUCGAUGGUCGAGUACUCCAGUUUCUUAAUUUCAAUACUUAUUGUUUCUUAAGAGUUUCUUAAUUAUGAUGUCAUGAAUAAUGUUAUGAAAUGUUUGUGACCUUUUUAUUACGUCAAGAGAUUCGCCUCCGUUCUGAUGCUUUAUUUAGAUGUGGGAAGUAUAUUUUUAUCCAUUGUGUCUUAAAUCCUAGGCCAACAGGACAAUCUUGUUCUUGGAUUACAAAAUUUCGUUGUUCUUAGUUUUAUCACGAUUCAAUAGCUUCUUAAUUUUUUUGCUUCGAGUACUGAAGUUUCACAAUUUUUUCUGACUGUCCACUACUCGUUUCUUAUAGGCAGUAUAAAAUAAUAAAAAGAUGUAUGUAAAAAGAUAGCACAAAAACAAUACCCUGUGAGAUCUUGUUUCUUCAGCUUCCAUGAAAAAUAAUGUUACUGUGGGCAUAGGAUUUAAGCAGAUUUGUCAAUUUCUUUCUUGAUGUUAGUUAAACAAAUAAAUAUUUUUCAUGCCACGAUUCUGUUUGAACGCGCUUUAGGCACAAGGCCAGUGACGAAGUGCCCUCGACAGUAUAACCACUCGAUAACGCUUCAGUCUAUCUGUACUUCCAAGCCUUUAUCUGGGUCCUAUUUUUACCCCAUCCCGUAUGCUGUUUUGCAAGAAUUGUACGUUUAAAGAAAAUUAGUUCGACCUUUGUUUGCUAGACUUCUUCGAGAAGGAGAACAAACGUACUCCUUGCGCGAAGAGUUGAAGAUGUUGGUGAUUAUGAAUUAUUUUUUUUCAUCUGAAAAUUGGAACUCUAGGCCAAGCUACUGGUUCCUCUCACGUGCCGCCCUCGUUUUCCAGCAUCUCUUACUUUAUGUUUUCAUUGUAUCUGGUCUUAGGCCAUCAUGGCUUUCCCACUCCAUGUGCCAUUGAAAAAGCAGCAACAUGAUGGCGCAACCUAAUCCCUAACUAUAUAUAUGCCAAACAAAAAAGCUUAUUCUAUUAAACGUGCUCUCUUUAAAAAACGCCCUUCUCCAACAAAGGCCCAAACUAUCAUUAGAAAAAUUGCAAAAAGAGCAAUUUCCUGUUUCUAUGUCAUUUUUGAAUGCAAUGUCAAGUAAAAAGCUUCAUAAUUGACAUUGUUCUUUUAGAUACAUUAAACUUGCUUCUAACCUUUAGUGCAUUUUUUAUCUUACUUGGCCACGGUUGAUAGAAAAAUUUAGACAUUCAAUGUUUGCGCGUUUGCUAUUUUCAUGGCACUAAACUUACCCUUAAAAUCAAUAACUUUUUGAACUAUUAAGGAACUUUUGGUACUUCAAUUUGACGAACAGAGGCCCAAAAAUAUGACACUUUACCCUUAAAGAACUAGGCUUUGAGCUAGGUUCUUUAUAAAAAAAGUGUGCAAUGAUAGUUGAGCGAAUAAUUUCGUCAAAAUUUUAUUCACUGAAACAGUCAAAUGAACUAAUUUUAGUAGUACAUACCCUUUUUUCUUUUCUUUCUUUUU